AUGGAGUGCGACUGCAACGAUAGCGUUGGCAGGCCACCGUGGCAAAAAGCGAUUCGUGACGCACAAAUCUCGUGGCUCACUAAGCUGAAGGAUCCACUGGCUGUUCAUCGUUUAUAUUCCGAGCUCAUCUCUAUGUAUCCUGAUCAUUUACCAUUGUUGCUCACCAAGUUGAAAAUUCUCGCGGAUAAAAAGCGUUCGGCAACAGAAGACGAGACCAUGACCCUAAUCAUCCAGCAUAUACUUGAGAUCUGUCGUCCUGAUGAUGUGCUGAAAUACAUGGGAUCUCACCACGGAGAUCACAGUGUCGAACAAAUGAGUCUGAAGAAGUAA